AACUUGUACUAUGUUUUGGGCAUUAAAAUUUCAAUUGAUUUUACAUAAAUUCCAAAUUCUUCAAAAACUGGUGCACAAAAAAUACCCCCGCCCUCUUUGACUCCAAUUUCUCCGGCAGCGGCGAAAGGCUUAACUACUUCAAUUCACAAAGAUUUGGGGAUAUUAUUUUUGUUACGUUCAACUAUGGCAAAUGAGGAGGCCAAUGAUGCAGUGAAGAAUCAGCAAAUUGUUGAUGCUAGAGCUCGAAACAUUAGUCAUAAUGUCCGUUGUACUGAAUGUGGAAGUCAGUCCAUUGAAGAUUCACAAGCUGACAUUGCCAUUCUUCUUCGAAGGUUGAUUCGUGAUGAAAUUCGAUCUGGAAAGUCUGACAAAGAGAUCUAUAAGAAGCUGGAGGAUGAGUAUGGAGAGACUGUGCUUUAUGCCCCAAAGUUUGAUAUGCAAACUGCAGCUCUGUGGCUUACUCCACUUGUUGUUGCAGGCGUGGCUGCUGGAGGUUGGGCAUACAAGAAGCACAGACAAAGGACAAAUGUUCACAUCAUGGCUUUAAAUCUUGUUAGAGGGGUUGCAUUGACACCAAAAGAGAAAGAAACGAUGCUUGAAAUUCUUACACCACCUUCUUCACAACGAGCAACACCCUCUUUCUGGUUGAGUAAACUUCGAGGCGGAUAAAGGUGCAUGCACUAGGGGAACCUCUUUGGGCUUUGUGAGGAAGGCAGAUUUUUUGUUCGGAUUGAGGAGCUAAUGUACUCAUUGUUGGAACCUUGGAAGCUUUCAUGGUGUAUUUGAUUUGCCUUGUGAAGAUUUGUGAUGAUAUGAUCAUGUUUUGUACAAAUACGUCUGACCUCUUUGCAAAGAGUUUGCAAUUUUAUCUUUUAUUGACUAUCAUAGUAUCAUGCAUAAGAUGUUAAUCUGUGCGAUUUAGUGUUGUCAUUGUUAUGAAAGCUUAUUUGGCUCGGAAUCUCUAUUAUGGGGAUUUUUAAUUUUUUAUACACCUAUUAUUGCUGUUGUUUCUUUC